AUGAGACAAGCCGACGGCGUUGCAGCAGCAUCACUACUGCUGCUUCUUCUACCAUGUAUCCUCGCGCAGCAAAUCACAUCCACGAUUAGCAUCCCAUAUUGCUCGACAAGUCCCGGUCUUUUCACCAUUUAUGGCUCUAUGACCUCGGCCAUACCCUCGAAUAUCCUAUCCAGCAAUAGCCAGACACCAACAGCAGGAUUGCUAUCCUCUAGCGUGUCUUCGGUCGCUACGCCUCUGGCGAGCGCUUAUGUGGAUCAGUAUGGAGGAAAAUACACAGUACAAUUCGAUACGGGCCUUGUUGGCAGCACGAUCCCAGCGUCUCGUAUUGACGGAUUGAGGAAAAGGCAGGCCAUCGAUAUAGGAACGCUGGAUCAGACAUUCGAGGAUUGUUUGGAAAGCUGUACUUUGACGUCCGCCUGUGUGGCUGUGGCUGCUUUGGACAGUACAUGUCAACUCUUUUCGUCUGUCCGCGAGACUGUGUCAUUAGUGGGGGGCAAGGUCGCUUUCAAUCAAGAACGAUUUCUCGGUUUCAGCAAUGGUACCAUCCUGCCGUCUUCGAUGGCUACUGAGGCCAGCUCAGCUCAGGGGAUGGCUUCAGCGUCUGCUAUCAGCUCUGGAGGGUUCCGGUCGUCAAUGCCAGGUUUGGCUUCUAUGCCAGGAGGUUCGAUGACUCCUCUAUCACAGCUGCCAUCGACAUUAGCAAUGGAGACCUCGACCGCUGGACCACUAGUUUCGAGCUUCGUUACUCAAGAUAUCUCUCCGGCUGGCUCAUCGAGCGAUAUUAUGCCAUCGGCAGCCUUGUCGACCAAUACAGUCACUACGAUACUGAGCUCUGGAGCGGUUCUCAGCGCUACCUCCGAGCCUCUGUCCACUUUCUCCUCCGCUGGUGAUCCAACUAUAACGCUGCAGGUGCCAUCUUCGUUAUCUACUGAAAGCAGUGUCUCGAUUAGCUCAACCUCAAGCACGCCUACUGAUCAGCUAGUUAGUACGAUGACCUCGGAUGGUGAGAUCAGCUACUCGACAGACUUGACUAUCACGUCCAGUUUAUCCAGCCUGGCAACUCCUGCAUCGGCUUCGAUCAGUAGCGCUGCGAGUUCUUCCUUAGCCUUAUCCAGUGUAGCCAGCGUAUCAUCUUCGAGGAGCAGGGCUGAGAGUUCUUCUUCGUCGUCUUCGCCUGGCCCAAUCAAUGCAUCGACCUUUUUCUCUUCACCAGCUGUGCCUACAACAACAAGAACAACAACAACAACAACAUCAUCAUCCUCCUCCUCCUCCUCUCCCGCCACUCCAACCUCAUCCCGCAAACCCCCCACAUGCCCUGACGACGACGGAGAGGACUACAUCGACACCAACGGAUUCAUCUACAUUAUCACAUGCGACAUCGGCUUCAACGACGAGACGAUCCAAACCACCACCGUGCAAAAUUUCGUCGACUGUAUAACUACUUGCGACGCGUUCAACGAGCUCCCGAAAGACGACGAGGAGGUAAUGGGUUGUGGAGGUGUGAAUUUCAAUAGUUUGGCCCAGACUGAUAAUUGCCUUUUGAUGCCCGGAGCUGAGAUUGCAGAGAUGGCGGGGAUUUGGAGUGCACAGCUUAGUGGGAGUAUAGCUGAAUGA